CGGAUGUAUCCAUGACGAAGAGCUCAUUUACGAUCUAGAGAGCUCCCGAACACUUUGACCUUCUGCGACGAUGACUGCGCUCACAAACCCUACCGAUGCGGAUUCCUUGUCCUCUACGUCUCCACUGCGUGUACCCAUCAUGACGUUCAUCGCCGGCAUUGGUGACAAUGUCCGCAAAGCGUUCGCAGCUUCUGAUUCUCCAGCCGGUGAGCUCUAUCGUUCUGGAAAACUGGAGUUGAUCGACAUCCCAUUGCCACAGUUGGUAGCCAACAAGCAAGACCCACUGCAUGGUCCGAGUAUGGAGGACCCGGGUCGACCCAUCUGGAACCUCACGCCUGAGCAGCAGAGUAUCGUCGAGCAGGCCGAGAUCGUCAUGAUCGACUCGCACGGUGGUGGUCCGGUCUUCAUGGCUCCAAAGGAGAACCUCCCAGAGGACAAACAGCACGUUUUAAACAACGUCAAGUGGAUUCAAGCCACAUACGCAGGCGUGGACAUGUAUCUAGACCUGCUACCCAAAGGACCCAAUGCUAUUGUACCCAAGUUCACACUCACUCGUGCGGGUGGCAUGAUGCCGAGGAUCAUGGCUCAAUACGUUCUUGGCUACAUCACGAUGAUCGAGAGAAAAUUGCUCGAAGCUAAGGAAUACCAGAGCAAGCGCGACUAUGCUCGUGUGGACAUGAUCAGCUUCCGUCCUGCACAGUCGGUCACUGUAGGUAUCUUAGGACUGGGAGACAUCGGCCAAUACACUGGCAAAAUGCUGCGCAGUUGUGGCUACAAGGUGUUGGGUUUCAAGCGUCAUGUGAGCGCACAGGACGUUGCUGAUCUGGCCGAGAGUGCGGAUCAGAUCACCACGAGUCUGGAAGAAGUGCUGGCUAAGAGCGACUACCUCAUUAACCUCCUUCCGAGCACGAGUGCAACACGAUACGUGCUGAACGAGAAGAACCUCGAGUUAUGUGAGCACAGUCCCGUGUUUAUCAACAUUGGCCGUGGAGACGUCAUCUCGGAGAAGACGCUGAUUAACGCUCUGAACAAAGGUACGUUGUCGAAGGCUGUACUGGAUGUGUUCGAGAAGGAGCCACUUCCAAAGGAAAGCGAACUAUGGGAGCACCCGUCGGUGCUUUUAACCCCACAUGUAUCAGGAAAAGUGUUCCCGGAGGACGUGGCCGCCAUGUUCCUCGACAACUUCAAUCGCUACAUCAAGGACGAGCCUGUGCGCUACAAGGUGGACUGGUCCAAGGGCUAUUAGCUGCCAGGCUUCGAAAUAUGGCUACAUGUAGCUAUAAACUAGGAACAAUGCAAUUUAUUUCUUGUUCGUGUAGCCAUA